AUGAAAGGAACUCUGUUUGAGAAUCAAAUCAAAGAAUAUGGAGACAUAUUCAAAAAAGAUAAUGCUUAUCAGAUUUCUAAUGCACCGUUAGAACCAGUUAACCCAAAAUAUAAAGAUCGGGAUGGUGAGUGCUCGAUUAGAUUUGGUGGACGGACAAUAGUGCAACCUGUUACCACCGAAAUAGUCCCAAACAAAGUACACUACGUGCCUCUUGCUGAAGUAUCAUACGAGAGUGAUCCAGAUGAUCGUUAUGAUAUCCUAGGUCUGGUGCUAUUUAUCAGUGACAUAAGAACAAUAACAAGUGAACAUGGCAUUGAACAUCCAGUUCGAGACCUCAGUGUGAUAGACCACAGCACCACAGUGCCAAUGACUGUCUCUAUAUGGGAUGAUAUCACAAAGAUUAAAGAUUCUAAGCUGCUUUCAUGGAAGACUAAACCAGUUAUAGCUGGAUUCUUAGGAUUAAGAGUGGCAACAAAUAGAGGAUUCACUCUCUCAAGUAGCCUCUCCACAAGCAUUGAUACCAACCCUACUGGAGAAGAAUUCAUAGCUUUUCAGGAUUGGGUGAUGGCAAAUCAAACUGAACUUGAAAGCAAGAUGAUACAAUUACUGAACACUAAGAAUCCAACUGCAGAGAAGAGUAUUUUAACAAUCGAACAAGUUCUUAACAAAAAGACUACUGAAACAAUUCAGCAAGAGAUACAUUGGAUUAGAGUCAAAAUUCCUGAGCCAGACCAAACUAGGCUGAUUGUGUAUGAGGGUUGUAACAAAUGUGGUAAAAGAGUUGAUCUACCACUGAACUCAUCCAUGACUUGCCAAAAGUGCUUCAAACUAGACUGCACAAGUGUUCCUAGGUAA